CAGUCGAAAUCAAUUUAGUAUAACCUUCAGUACUACUUAACGAACCAUUCACUAAAUUCGCAAAAACAGCUUAAAUAUUAACAAAUGUUAAGCACUUCUAACGUUCAGAGUGUUUUAAUGAGUAAUGGAGCGUUGGAAAGAUAAAGUGGCUGUCGUUACGGGGGCAAGCUCUGGUAUAGGGGAGGCUAUUUGUAAACAGUUGGUCGCACAUGGGUUGAAGGUUGUAGGGUUAGCCCGCCGCAAACAUCUAAUCGAGCGUAACGCUGAAAAACUUCAAGGGGAGAAAGGCAAAUUAUACGCUCUGUGUGCAGAUCUUUGUAAAGAAGAAGACAUUUUACACGCCUUUGAUUGGAUAGCCGAAAAUUUGGGCUCGAUUGCCAUUUUGGUCAACAGUGCGGGUAUAGUACACGCCAAUUCUCUUUUGGACGGUGAAACGAAAGCGUGGAAGGAGACUUUUGACACGAACGUACUUGGCCCUUGCAUCGCGACUAGGGAGGCUGUAAAACUGAUGAGGAGGAAUAACAUUGAUGGUCACAUUGUCCAUAUUAACAGCUUAAGCGGCCACAGGGUUUACAAUUUUCCCAACAUGAAUGUAUAUCAGGCGACAAAGCACGCAAUAACCGCACUUACUGAAACACUUCGACAGGAAUUAGUGUCACAGGGAAGCAAAAUAAGGGUUUCGAGCAUCAGUCCGGGUAGUGUCAGGACUGAUUUCAUGAAACAGUCCUCGGUACCUUUCCCAGAAGAAAUUUUUGAGAUGCUGAAGCAAGCACCCACGCUGGACCCAAAAGAUAUAGCUGACGCUGUUUGCUACGUACUAAGCGCACCUCCUCACGUGCAGAUUCACGAGCUAAUCAUUAAGCCCACCGGGGAAAUGUUGUAGCAGCCAAUUUGAACGCCGUCGCUAGUAAUAGCGUGAAGAUGCUGCGCUGAAAUUAUUUUAAUGGUAUAUCGGAAUGUGUUUAGCUAUGAAGUUUGUAGAAAAAAGUCAUGAUAUGGAAUUUUUUCCUUCA